AUGGACGAUAAUUACCGAGAAACGAUGGUCAAAUCUUUGAUAAUUACAUACUGGAAUCGCAAAAAUGUUUCGAAAAGCGUCGGCCUAUACGAUUGUCUCAAGCAAACGCACAAUAAAUUUAAACUGAAGUUUAAAGACAAACCAGCGUUCAAUAGAUUCUACAAAGAACGAAUUAACUUUAUAGCUCAAUUGCCUUCUGUCAAUGUACAUCUAAAAAAUAAAGCAAAAUCAGAGCAAAAUGACUUCAGAUUAAAUUCAACUUCUGAUAAAGUCAAUGACUUUUGGGAAGAGAUAGAAAGAAUAGACAAGGAGAAUAAAGUCCGAAAAGAAUAUAGAUCUUCGAUAGAUCAACAUUUGCGAGAAGAAAAAAAAUAUUUAAGUACAGUUCACCUCAAGGAACUACAGGAAGAUGAUGCUAUAAAUGAAGUUUAUGACGCAGAGGAAGAAAACGUUAGUACAGGAUAUAAAAGUGAUGAAGAUGAUGACCUCGACAUGGCAGAAAAUAUUAACAAUUGUUCUGAAACAAAUCGAGAAAAUAGUGAUGAUAAUAAAGAUUUUGGAGAUUCCGUGAUACCAGUUUAUGCGGACACUUUUGCAGAAAGAUUAGAAUGCCAACCAACUUUGGGGCGUACUAGACGCUGGAUCUUACCCAGCGGAACAGAUGUUUCAGAGGUACUGGAGGAAUAUGUGAAAACGGUUCCAGGAUGUCAAAAAUGCCUAAAGUAA